AUGGCUAAAAAUUUUGAUGAUAUGUUUAAUGAGGCUUUGUAUGGUAAAAGUAGACGGCAAGAUAACACAGUCAUAGAUAAUUGGAUCGAUAAGUGUUUACUUCAAGAUUCAGAAGAAGAAGAUAUCGAUAGAAGCUCUAUCCUAAUUACUCGUAGAUGGAUCAACAGAGAUCGAGAAAUAGGACAUGAUCGCCUUUUUCAAGAUUACUUUGCAGAUGAACUGGUGUAUAAUGCUGACAUUUUUCGACGGAGAUUUCGAAUGAGAAAACAUGUGUUCCUUCGGAUAGUAGAUGCUCUCUCAAACGUCUAUCCGUAUUUCCAACAGAGGGUUGAUGCAACUAGAAGAAGAGGCUUGUCACCACUCCAGAAAUGUACCGCUGCGAUACACAUGUUAGCAUAUGGCAUAGGAGCUGAUGCUGUUGAUGAUUAUGUGCGCAUAGGCGAGAGCACUACAAUUGAAUGCUUGGAAAAAUUUGUUGAAGGUGUCAUUUCGGUGUUCGAAAAUGAAUACUUGCGAAAAUCCAAACCAAAUAACGUACAACGCCUGCUACAAAUGGCGGAGGGUCGUGGCUUCCCUGGCAUGUUGGGUAGCAUUGACUGCAUGCAUUGGCAAUGA